CCCCCGCGAGGGACACAGAGCUGCUGAACUGAAGAAAGCAGCAGAUUCUGAUGCAGAGCACGAGGUGAGCAAUGACAAAGGACUCUGGAUAACUCUGUCACGCUGUUUGGAUUGACACAAAGAAGUUGGACCUAAAGCCAGAUUACAUCACACCCCUAUGAGGAUUAUUUAACACACCGACGUCCCUCCAUCACUCAAGAUGGUAGCCGAAGACCCAAACACCAGCGGAGACGAGUUGGAUGGAGAGAGAAAUUUGACAUUGCCAGGAGUGGAAAAUGGAGAUACGGAGAUGGACAUAUGCGCCUCAGAUUCUCCACCAUCUCCUCAAGCUGCCCAAGAAGAACCCAGGAAGUGGAAGUUUGCUGUUGUCUUUUUGUGCUUCUAUGGUUUUAUGGCUUCUAUUAAGCCGGGGGAGCCUUUUAUUACCCCGUAUCUACUGAGUAUGGAGAAGAACUUCACCAGAGAACAGGUGACCAAUGAGAUCACCCCUGUGCUGACCUACUCCUACAUGGUCGUGCUGGUGCCUGCGUUCCUGCUGACCGACUUCCUGCGCUACAAGCCCGUUCUGGUCAUUCAGGGGCUCAGUCAAGUGGUCAUCUGGCUCUUGCUCCUCUUGGGCACAUCCCUCCUCCAGAUGCAGCUCAUGGAGUUCUUCUAUGGGAUCACAAUGGCCUGCCGCGUGGCCUAUUCCUCCUACAUCUUUUCCCUGGUCACCCCCGUCCUGUACCAACGCGUGGCCGGCUACUCUCGCUCCUCAGUUCUGCUCGGGGUUUUCACCAGCUCCGUUUUGGGACAGUUAUGUUUAUCAUUGGGUAACAUCACAUUCUACACCCUAAGCACCAUUUCAUUAGGAUUUGUAAGCUUCGGAUUGCUGCUUGCGCUUUGCCUCCCCUGGCCGAAGCGAUCGCUGUUUUUUAACCGCAGCCAGGAAAAAGCAGCAAAAGCAGAAACAGACAAAAUUAAUCCUCAUAAAUCUUCAGAAUCGAAGUGGAAGGACUCAGCGAUAGUGCAGAUGCUGCUCGAGCUGAAACAUGUGGUCAUGGUCCCAAAUUUGAGGCUGUGGUCGUUAUGGUGGAUCUUCAACUCCACGGGGUACUACCUGGUCCUCUUCUAUGUCCACAUUCUAUGGAACAAGGUCUAUCCAGCGAAAGAGAACAAGAACGUGUACAACGGUGGAGUAGAGGCCGCGUCUACUUUAUUAAGUGCCUUGACAUCCUUCAUUGCGGGCUAUGCCAAAAUCCGAUGGAACGUUUGGGGUGAGCUGGUCAUAGCCGUAAUCACUGCGCUCCAGGCUGGACUGUUACUGCUCAUGGGGACCACAAAUAACAUCUGGGUGUGCUACGUCGCAUAUGUGCUUUUCAGAGCCUUCUACCAGUUCUUGGUGCCAAUAGCGACAUUUCAGAUUGCCUCGUCUCUUACAAAGGAACUAUGUGCUCUUGUGUUUGGGAUCAACACUUUCCUCGGAACGAUCUUAAAGAGCACCAUCAGCUUUAUAUUUUCGGACAAGAAAGGGCUGGGGCUGGAUGUGCACAAACAGUUUCUUGUCUACUUCAUCUACUUCACCCUACUCACAGUGGUCUACUUUAUCAGUGCUGCGGUGGUCAUAAUUCGACAUUUUCGCAACCAGCCCGACAGACGAGACGGGGCCAACGAGAUGUCCACGGAGCUGACCCCAGUGGCAGCCAGUCCAGAGAUGGAGCCGCUGUCAAAUGGCAAAAGCGUCUUAAAGUCUUAAAAAUAUCACGUCUUAGUUGAAAUAUUUUGAGCAGUGUGAUAACAAGUGCCUCCUCUGACGUCAAUGCACUUCUCAUUUUUAUAAUUUUACGACGAUGCGUAUUACUUUUUAUAACCGCAGUAUUGUUGUACGGGGGCGGUCAUCUUAAAUCUUGGUAGUUUAGGCAUGACGAAAGAGAAUAAUACUGACCUAUCUCUUCUGUGACAGUGCAAAUGUGAACGAUUACUAUGUCAUCAGCAUGUUCAGGUACAAUCCCACAUCAGUAUUGGAUGAUGUUUUGUAAACCUGAACAAGGCCGUUCUACUAGAAAUGUGGUUCUACUGAUACUACUGUAAUGAAGCUAAAUGACACAAUCUUUUUAGAAUAUAGAUAAUAAUUUCCCUUAAUUUCCCUUUAACUGACUUGUUUACAGGUUGUUGUUGUAGGGCAUUUGUUGAUCUAAUUAUUUUUUACAUCAUUCUUGCAAGUUUUUCUAGCAUUUUUCUAUUGAAGAUGGACUUGGGACAAAAAAAUCACUGUACCUUAAAUGUUCUAUAUUAUGCAAAAUUAACUCUUGUGAGGUUAAGCCAUGUUACAACUUUGUUAUCUCUUCAAAAACAUACCGGGAGUUGUGUUAUCUAAAUGAUUCUAGUGAAGGUAUAUGGAGUUUGCGCAAAGAACUCAGCUUAAAUAUGCAGGUUUAAAUGAAACAAAACACAACUCCAGAUCUGUUUGUGAUGAGAAAACAACAUUAUAACAUAGAUUAGAAAAUAAUAGGCCCUUAAGGAUAAGAACUAGCCACUUGUUUGCUGUUACGAAGUUUUUCUAGCAUUUUUCUAUGGCCAAAAUCACUUAAUAGGCAUCUCACGUUAAAAUCAAGACAUUAAUACAGUGGCUUUGUUGAAAACCAGUGUUACUUGGGAUACAGUGCCAAAAGUCUGCCUCUUUAUGGGCGUUAAACCUUAGCCACAGUAUUGAUUCUUAGAAAAUUGUGUUUAUAUAUUUAUAGAAAGUGUCACUUUGCUGCGUAAUUUUAAAAUGUGAAGAAUUCUUAAUGCUGUAUACAAAUCACCCAUGUUUUAUAUUCACAAAUAAAUAGCUGCUGUAUUAAAGUAAAAA